UCCGAGAUGGUCGUCGUCAGAGGCGUCAAGUACCUGAAGCUCGAGUGCGUCGGUCAGGGCGGCACGUGCAAGGUGUACAAGGUGCUGUGCCCGAAGCGCAAGACGUACGCGCUGAAACGCAUCCGUCUGCAAGGGCGCGAGAAGGAGACCGUCGCCGGUUUCUUGGACGAGAUUCGUUUACUGCAAAACCUGCGAGGGAAGCACAACAUCAUCCAGCUCGUGGACGCGGAAGUGUGCAAGAACGAGGGGUUGAUUUACGUCGUCCUCGAGUACGGCGAAAUCGACCUCGCGCGUUUGCUCUCCAAGCGCGAGAAACAACGCGCCAAGGAGCUGAAGGAGAAGGAGAAGGGUAAAGAAGGCAUGGUCGAAGCCGUGGGGACGAUCCACGAGCAAAAGAUCGUGCACUCGGAUUUGAAACCCGCCAACUUCCUCUUCGUCGAGGGCGCGCUCAAGCUCAUCGACUUCGGCAUCGCGAAGCAAGACACGUCGAAGAGCGACACGACGAACAUCGUUCGGGACCACCAGGUUGGCACGGUGAACUACAUGUCCCCGGAGGCGAUCUUGAACGGGCAGCCGAGCGCGCUGGGCGGACCGCUGAAGGUUGGCAGGGCGAGCGACAUCUGGUCGUUGGGGUGCAUCCUAUAUCAGAUGGUGUACGGGCAAACCCCGUUCGCGAGGAUCACCGGGAUGAUUCCGAAGCUGCACGCGAUCACGGAUCCCAAGCACGUGAUUCCGAUGCCGCCGGUCGCGAACCCGCACCUCACGGAUCUCAUCUCGCAGUGCCUCGUGAGGCAUCCGCAUCACAGGAUCACGAUCGAGGGAAUCUUGCGGCAUCCGUUUUUGCGC